AUGGGUAUACCUGGUUUCUUUCGCUGGCUAGCAGCUGCUUAUCCACAAACAGUGGAAAAUAUCCAACUGAACACGCAACACCGUACAGAUAUCCUCUAUUUAGAUCUAAAUGGAUUGUUCCACGCAGCGUUGUCCAAGAUGCGAAAGGGGACGACAACGCCCGAAAUCAUGUUAUCAAGAGUAUUCAGACAAAUGGACAACGCAAUUGAUACUUGUAAACCUACUGCAUUGGUAUAUAUUGCAAUGGAUGGAGUGGCACCGCGAGCCAAGAUGAAUGAGCAGCGGCAUAGAAGAUUCAAUGCGGUCAAAUCACAAGAUGAGAAUUCAAUAAAGAACAUGAGUAAUACCUCGAGUAGUAUAACAAAUGGCAAACUUGUCAAUACAUCAACUAUUAGCUCAAACAGCCUCACUUUCCAACCACCUUCCACACUAUUUCACGCUACGCAUACAACAGACAUAAAAGGCAACAAUAUCCCAUCCUCUCCCUCGAAUAUCGCCUCGUUCUCUACAUCUUUCCCUUCUUCGACAUCAUCAUCAUUCUUUGUACCAAUAGACUCUGUAAAUAUCUCCGCUGGCACCGAAUUCAUGCACGCAGCCAAUGAGGCUGUUAGGUUUUACGUUUACCAACGUCUCAACGGCCGUAGACGUAAUUUACAAAUAAUAUUAAAUGACUCAAAUGUACCUGGAGAAGGAGAACAUAAAAUAUUCGAGUUUCUUCAAUUUCAAUUAUCUCAACCAGGAUAUAAUCAAGAUACUAAUCAUGUGGUAUGUGGCGGCGAUGCAGACUUUAUUAUGUAUGCUCUAGGAACUCACAAAGCAAAUAUCCGCAUACUGAGAGACAGAGCACUUGUAUAUGUUCACGUAGAUAGAUUACGGAAAGCAAUAUUAAAGGAAAUGAAACCAUCCCAGAAUUUGUUACAAACAGACGACGAAAGAAUACUUAAUGACUUUGUUUGCAUCUCAAUGCUGCUAGGCAAUGACUUUAUACCUAAAUUGCGCGGAUUGGGGAUGAGUGUAGAUAUUUUAACAUCAACGUAUAAAACUAAAUUUACUGACAUCGGGGGUUACAUAACAGCUGCUAAUGGUCGUAUAGAAAUAAAUAGACUGCUUAAACUAAUCUCUCACAUCGGAAACAUGGGACUUUUCAGGAGACAUGGUUCUGCAGCGCCGACAUCCGUUGAUCCGCUAGAGGCUACAUCAAGAGCAAAUGAUUUUAUUCGUAUACUCUGCUGGUCAAUGCAAUACUAUACCGGGGUAUGUCCAUCAUGGCGCUUCUACUAUCCACAUUAUUAUUCACCUUCCAUACCAGACAUUCUGAACUACGUCUCCCCUCUCCUCGUCUCUCAAGACUUUCCUCCAGACAAUCCAAUGCGUCCAUUCGAACAACUAAUGUGUAUUGUUCCCCCACAAUGCUCGUAUCUUCUGCCUGAACCGUUUAGAGAUCUACUUACUUCUCCUUUAUCUCCGAUAAAAGAGUUCUAUCCGUCUGCACAUAGCAUAUCCGGCAAAAUUCAUCUGCCAUUCAUCGAUGAGAAACGGUUAAUUGAAGCAAUGGCACCCCGAUACGCAUCACUUUGCCAACGUGACGCAUGCAAGAAUAUCACCAAAAAUAAAAUAGAGAUAUACUCGGGGAGCUUAUCAGAAUCGUACCGAGCAGUAAGAGCGAUCAGUCAGAGAAAAUAUGAGAAAACGGUAUUACCGUGGUCUUUAAGGCUGUAUGGAGAGCUGAGAUAUUGCGGAGAAAUGGCUUCAACUGUGUAUUCACCGGUUGACAAGUGGAAGCAUAUUACGGGAAAUUCAGCCGCACAUGCAGAAUUCAAGAUGAUCAAUAUGAAAGUAAAAAGCGAGGGAAGAAGAAAUCAAAAUGUUUCCGCCAGAGGGAAAUACAGAAGAAUUGGCGAGGACAUGAUUGGAAUCGAAGAUACUACUGGUCAACUGUCUAACGACAGAGCAAGUAGUACUCUACCUCGCUCAGAACAGAUGCAUAGUUGUUCUUGUAAAAAACGGAAAUACAACAAGUCAUCAACCGUCUCUCCAUCAUCGACUGUCCCGUCGAUAUCUGCAAAUUGCAAAACAAAAUCCGAGGCUAGUUUGCAAGUUAGUGGAUUUAUGGUAAAGGAUGACAUGGUCACUGGUGAUGUCUCUUUUGGUGGAGCGGACGAAAGUCAUAGCAGGUAUGUUGGUGGUAAAUAUGAGUUGAGUGGAACCAGUAAUGCAUACGAUCAAGAGAUUAUGUCAUUGCCUCAAACGCAAUCACUGCGGUGCGAAGACCAUGGGAUGACAUCACUGUUCGGAACUACUUUGGAAACACGACGAGAACAAUUAGAAAGUACACAACUAUCAACGCUACCUUAUCAAGAGACAAAUACCCAAAUCCCUACUUCCGUAUUCUCUCUCACAAAACUUUCUCAAUCCCAGUUUCACCGUCAUCCGCUUCAUCAAAUGCUCCUUCAGCAGUCUCAGACAGCUCUUACAAAUAAUGUGAAUGAUUUUGGACAAAGCAGGCUGUCUGAUGAGAGUCAUGAUGAGUGCAAAAACGAUAAUUAUUUUGCCCAGAAGCCACCAUAUUGA